AUGGCGAUUCCAGCAGAUUGGAGUGGCGUUAUAACGGGGAUGGCGCCAAGAAAUAGCAGAAGUGGCGAUAAAAUAAUGAACAGCAGCAUAUCCAAAUCGGUGCUAUUAGCAAUUUUGCUGUGCCUUUACACGGCACCCUCCGCAGUAUCAUCGGAAGUUACAGUGAUCACAGAUCCGAAGUUCAGCGCUCCUAUCGCGAACGUGACGGCGGCCGUUGGACGAGAAGCGACCCUGACGUGUGUAGUUCAUGAUCUAGGUGCAUAUAAGGUCGCGUGGCUACGAGUGGAUACGCAAACCAUUCUGACUAUCCAGAACCAUGUGAUAACCAAAAACAAACGCAUCGGGAUUACUUACACCGAGAAGAAAACUUGGCAGUUGCGGAUACGGGACAUUCGUGAGAGCGAUAAAGGCUGGUACAUGUGCCAAAUCAACACCGAUCCGAUGAAGAGCCAGAUGGGAUAUUUGGAUGUUGUAGUACCUCCGGAUAUUUUGGACUAUCCUACCAGCACCGAUAUGGUAGCACGCGAAGGAAGCAACGUUACCUUACGUUGUGCAGCUACCGGAUCGCCAGCGCCUAGUAUCGUCUGGCGCAGGGAAGGAGGCGAAAACAUAUCACUGCAGGAUGGCGAAUUAGUUUCAUCCGUUGAGGGUUCAUCAUUCAGUAUUCCGAAAGUGAAUCGCCUGCACAUGGGAGCUUAUCUAUGCAUCGCCUCGAAUGGAGUACCCCCAUCUGUCAGCAAACGCGUCAUGUUGAUAGUUCACUUUCCUCCCAUGAUCUGGGUACCAAAUCAGCUGGUUGGAGCCGUUGAGGGACAACGAAUGACACUGGAAUGCCACUCGGAGGCGUAUCCUAAGUCAAUCAACUACUGGACGCGGGAAAAAGGAGAUAUUGUCCCACAAGGUGGCAAAUACGAACCGGUGCUGAUAGACAACGCAUACAAAGUGGUGAUGAAGCUGAGCAUCAAGGUUGUGAGCCAGGCCGAUUUCGGCGCGUACAAGUGUAUCGCUAAAAAUUCCCUCGGGGAAACCGACGGCACCAUCAAACUAUACAAACUCCCAAAAAGUGCAAUCAAUUCGAUCGAGCCACACGAAGGACGAAGAAAAAAUAAAUCCCGCAAAGGCCAUAAUUUUUACGAAACUAACGAUUUAAUUGACGACGACGCUGAAAGUACUAGUAAAAGAAAAGAUUUGAUAGUUGGAGGGAGAAAUGACGACAGUUUCGAAAUAUCUAGCUCUGGUGCUGACUGGUUACCAUUUGGCCGUUUCAAGACGGUACCCCUCCUGCAGGUUGCGUUGCUGAUAAUUACAAUUCUGCCAACAACGGUAUGA